AUGGUAACUGGUCGUCAUGGGGAUCAUGGUCUUCGUGCAGCAAGGCAUGUGGAACCGGUAAACAAACACGGAAACGGUCAUGUACAAACCCGGCGCCGAAGAACGGGGGCUCAAGUUGCAGCGGUUCCUCUAGCCAGAGCCGAUAUUGCAACACCAAGAGUUGCGUCGGUAGUUAACGAUGCCUGGUCAUCCUGGGGAUCGUGGACGUCUUGUAGCAAGUCAUGCGGAACAGGGAAGCAAACAAGGUCAAGGUCAUGUACCAAUCCCAAACCUAGUGGUGGUGGGAAAUCCUGUAGUGGUUUGUCACUGGACGGGCGUUACUGUAACACAAAGACAUGCCCAGCACCAACACAACCACCACCACCACAACAACCACCACCACAACCAACACCAACACAACCACCACCAACACAAACAACACAACCACCACCACCAACAACAUCAUCAUCAUUAUCAUUAUCACUUAAUGGCGGAUGGAGCAGCUGGAGCUCGUACAGCGCAUGCUCCGUGACCUGUGGUUACGGGAAGAUGACUAGGCGUAGAUACUGUAACAAUCCCAAGCCCUCUAAUGGCGGCAAAGACUGCGUGGGAAGCUCUGGGUUCACUGUCGUCUGCAGGAAUGUCAACUGUCCAGUAAAUGGAGGAUUUAGUGCAUGGUCAACAUGGACUGCCUGUUCUAAGAAAUGCGGGGGCGGAUCUCGUACCCGCGGUAGGCUGUGUAAUAACCCAGCCCCAAAAGACGGGGGCAAAAAAUGCGUGGGAUCAUACUUGGAUACUCAAACUUGUAAUUCCCAGGGGUGCGCCGUGACAGUACCAUUGCAAGUUAUAGGAGCACCAGACAACAGGGGUACAGAAUUUAUCAUCGGCUUCAUGCAAAACAUUAACCUCAACAUGAAAGUCGAACUUUUUAUCACAACCAGCUCCAAAAAAUCGGUCAGUGUGAGUGUCCAGUCCCCGAAGUCCUCUAAGCCCUACAUCCGGUCAAGCUUCACCAUCUCCAAGGGCCAGGUCAAACAGCUCUUCCUUGACCAGAAUAUCAGGAUGGACGGGUCAGCUAAAGGCACGAAAGGUAUUCUGAUCCGGGCCACGGACGAGGUCGUGGUUUACGGAAUCAACAAAGAACUGUAUUCCUGUGAUGGAUUUGUCGCCCUUCCUACUGACGUCAUUUCAAAUGAUUACUACGUAGUUUCCUGGUACCCAUCUACCUACCAGUCCCAACUUCUGGUGGUCGGUGCGCAUGAUGGAACGUCAGUUAGUGUGAAUUUUGGCAGCAGUCUUGGGUCUAGAUAUGUAUCGUAUGGUGGUAAAAAGUAUUAUAAGGGAAAUACAGUCACAGAAAAACUAGACAAAUAUGGUACUUGGCAGCUCACGACCGCAAAAGGUGAUUUCACCGGUACUAGGGUUGUCGCAAAUAAACCGGUUGCGGUGUUCUCAGGAAACCGUAAAACAAACAUCGGUACCGGUACAUCAUCCGAUCAUCUAGUGGAACAGAUGACUCCGGUUAAUACUUGGGGUAAGGAGUUUGCCACAGCUCCUAUUCCCAAACGAACCGUCGGAGACUACUUCAAGUUUAUCGGAAGUGAGAGCGGAACAACAGUCACCAUUUCCGGCGGAUACAAGUCUUCUUUCACUCUUACAGCUGGCCAGGUGGUUCUGAAAAAAAUUCCAUCCACUGCGUACUGUUUUAUCAAGUCGACAAAGCCCAUCAUGGUGGUCCAGUUCGUGCAGUCACAGCAGAAAUCAUCAGAGUUGUCUGACCCUGCCAUGAUGAUCAUCCCGCCCAUCGAGCAAUAUGGCGCCGACUACACAUUCGCCACACCAAAGUACUCACUCGGUUCUUAUAAUAACUACUUCAUGUUCAUUGCCAAGAGUUCAGAGGUCAAAGGUCUUCGUUUGGAUGGGAAAGCCUUCCCGUCAUCUACUAAGUAUAAUAAGAUCGCAGGCACGGAUCUAGUGGGUGGUUACGUACCUGUAUCCCAAGGAUCACAUACCGUUAUGCACACGUCACCCAUCUCUAUUUUUGGAGGAUACCUGUACGGGCAAGCUAGAUACGAGACCUAUGGAUUUAGCACUGGGAUGAGAAUGGGAAAAGUUAACGCCCCCUGCACGCCAACCAAAUCUGUAGACGGUGAUGGUAUUGAUAACGAUUGUGACGGCAAGAUAGAUGAGGAAAUUUGUACAACAGAAAACAAAAACAAAGAUGACGAUCGUGAUGGAAAAGUAAAUGAAGAUUGUGCCAAACCAGUGCCCAUUAAUGGUAAUUGGGCCGCGUGGUCCUCGUGGUCCAGCUGUUCUGUGGCCUGUAAGACAAGCUCCUCCAGCAAAGGAACCAGAACUCGAACAAGAACUUGUUCAAAUCCCGCACCAAAGUAUGGCGGGACAUCCUGUUCCGGUAGCUCUAAAUCAACGUCUACGUGUUAUCCAACGAAAUACUGCGCUGGUAAGUAUGCAAAUAUCCCUAUCACGAUUAUUUAUAGAACAUCGAUACAGCCAAAACACCUAAACUUUUACAUUUAA